AUGAGGACCCGUCAGCCGGACAUUUUGUGGGCGCAACGAUCCCACACAAUCUAUCUGACAGUCGCGCUUCCGGACGCCACGGACACGCAACUGAAGCUGGAGCCGGACGGUCGGUUCACGUUUCGGGCGAGGUCGAAGGAUGUUGUAUAUGAAGUGGAUGUGCAAUUAUACAAGAGCGUGAAUGUGUGUGCGAGCACGAUGGAUAAGGCCCGCCGCUUGCCUUUCUGCGUUAUUGAGAAGCAGGAAAGGGGCUGGUGGGAGAGGUUGUUGAAGACGGAGGGCAAGCCACCACAGUUUGUGAAGGCCGACUGGGAUUACUGGAUCGAGGAAGAGGAUGAGGACGCGAUUAGCGACGAGUGUUUUCACAGGUUGAGCCUUAAUAUGAACAAGUUGAAGAUUCCACCUUCCGAGUUGGAGCGCACGCGGGACAGCGACGAUGAAGACGACGACGGCGCUCCUGGGCCUUGUCCCUGA